AUGUGUUUCAGACCUUGUAGGAGCACCAGCAGGCAAAGUCCACCCCCCAGUCGUGCAGCUGGAUCUCGACGUUUCCCGCCGCAUGGGCCAGAUCAAAGCCCACCAGGCAUCCCUGAUCCACAAAGGUAGCCCCGUCAAACGGUAGCGGCGGAGAAAAGUACGUGACCUCGCCUUCGACUCACCUUUUUCUGAGCAGCCUGCGUGAUGGCGGCCAUGUUGAACAGCUGACCGGUGUAGUACUGGACCCCGCUGAGCAUCACCACGGCGAUGGAGUCGCCUUCCGCUUCAAUCACGUUCAGGAUGUCUUCUAUCCGUAGAGUCUCCUCCUCCUGGGAGCGUAUGGAAGCAAAGUAUAUCGUUUUGAUAUAUCAAUAUCGAUAUUGUGCGGGACGUACCGGUCUAGAUGUCAGCAGCAACAUGCUGUCCGCCACGUUGAAUCCUCUCAGUCGGAUCUGCGACUCGACUGCGUACUGAAAGAGGACAGCGUGUCAAAACAUGCUAACAUGCUAACAUGCUAUCCCGAGUCACUCACGUGAUCGGAAGGGAAGGCCUUGUCUUCCAGGAGUAUCUUGUGUCGCGCCGCCGUGGGCUGGUAGAAUGAAAGCUGUCGAAGAAACGUUACUGAGGAGCGUUGGCAUUUUGACGGGAAACGAUUGAUUUUCGGUGGUCACACCAUCAGAAGGUGUAAGUUGACGGUGAGACCGUUCAUCAGCGCCACCUCUUCCGUAAGCGCUCCUGGAACAAAGGACACCACAAACGCAACGUCACAAAGGACGAUGUUUCGGGGUACACCCUGGACUGGUGGCCAGCCAAUCACAGGGCACAUAUAGACAAACAACCAUUCACACUCACAUUCAUACCUAUGGACAAUUUGGAGUCGCUAAUUAACCUAGCAUGUUUUUGGAAUGUGGGAGGAAACCGGAGUACCAGGAGAAAACCCACGCAUGCACGGGGAGAACAUGUGGAAUCGAACUCGGGUCUCCUAGCUGUGAGGCCUGUGUGCUAACCACUCAUCCAAGUCAUAAUAUUAUAAGAAAAUUUAUGAUAAGAAAAUUUAUGAGAAAAAAAAUUAAAUAGUUGUGGAAAAAACAGCAAAAUUGUAUUUAAAAAAAAAAACAGGAAAAAAUGGCAAUUUUACAAGAAUAAAUCCAGACUACUCUGAGUGAAAAUAAUGUCAUUUUAGCAGCAUAGAGUUUAAAUAUUCAAUAAUUUUUUAAUAAAAACAAAACAAAAAUAUAUGUUUUAUAUAUUAUAUUGUUAUUAUAUUUAUUAUUUAAUAUUAUUAUAUUGUUUUAAAUAAGCAAAACAAAAAAAGUGGGGCAAAAAAAUCCAAAUUUUAUGAGAAUACACCUAAAAUAUUCUGACAAAAAUAAUAUCAUUUUAGUAACAUAGAAUUGAAAUAUUUUUUUAGUUAUAAUAAAGUUAUAAUAAGUUAUAAUUAAACAAAAGAAGUGGUAAUUUUCUGAAUUCUAGGUUGAGGGAACGUUAUAUUAUGGGAAUAAAAUCAAAAUAUUAUGAGAGGAAAAUUUACAAUAAGAAAGUUGAAAUACUUGGAAAAUUAAAACAAAAGAUUGAAGUACUAUAGUACUAUACAAAUACUAAGAGAAAAAGUCGUAUUGUAUCGAGAAAAGGAUGUACUGCACAUCCAAGCUCACCAGAAGGUGAUCAGGCUUUAACGACAGAAGGCUAGGUGUCUCCACCCUAGACUUUGGACUCUACAAAACCACAAAGGAUGCUAAAGUCCGAUGAAUUAUAGGCCGACCCCACACGGACUGGGGUGGGGGUGGGGGGGUCUUCAUAUCUUUGUUGUUCAAAAAAGUUCUAAAAGGAAAUUACCAACGACUUUUGCCAUGAGCUCCUCCAAGUUGUUCUCAGCCCAGGCCCAAGGUCGCGACCCGUCCGUGUGGCCGUGGACACCCCUGACAAACACACACGUCCGUGAAGUCCUCAUCAUGGUGGGGGGGACACAGACACACGAGUGAGGCUGUGCUUUACAUUUUGGCCCACUUGUCCAGCUCCUCCUCCAAGUAUCGCUUGGCCAUCUUGGGCUGCAGGCCCAAAGAGUUUCCCGCCAGGUAGAUGCCGUCUUGGCUGCCGUCCACCAGCGCCAAAUCCGCUGUGGGUCACAACAUGACGAUGACGCACUCGAACAUGCGAGAAAAUGCUAAUGACGUGACAUAUUAUGAACUGACAAGGAGGUAAAUCGGAUAUCUUGGGCACCAGAAAGUUCUCCCUGAGGUGUCGCAGCUCGUCGUGCUCGUCCAGGAAAGCAGCCACCUUCUCAGAGGUCGGAGCGCAGCGCAGCAAGGUGGCGAGAUGCUCCACGGUUUCUCUCGCCGUCAAGCCAGUGAAGCGGUCCAUUGCUGCUUCCUAUGGGAGAGUCAUAGGGACAACAAUGGGUGGAAAUCGGUUUCUAUUCGCCCUUGAGAUCGGGUUGCGGGGGCAGCUCCUCAUCCAGCUCCUCCUGAGGCGUUCCCAGUCCUUCCACAAGGCCUCCUUCCAGUAGGAAGGAGCAUCCAGACCAGAUCCCUGAGCCAUCCUUAUCUGGCUCCUCUCAAUAUGAAGGAGUAGCGCUUGUACUCUUUUUGGAGACAAUUUGUGAAACUUCCAGAGAUGAGACGCCUUCUUUAAGAGUCUUGGGUGAGUAAAAUACUCACCUUUUUAAUACAAAAACAUAAACAUACAUUACAUAAAAGCUAUAAAAAAAUAUAUAUGAAUGGAACAACUUAUUUCUUUUUACUCACAGUUAAGAUCCAAGCUCCAGAUAUUCACCAGUCGUCUAUCGGGGGACUUUCACCUGUGAGGGCAUCCCCCAGUUAAUCAUUCUUCAAACGGGCUCAUUGUUUAACCCUUGCAUCCCACAUCUCAUUGGUGGGUAUUUUUUAUUCCGAGCGUCGUAAAUUACUGAAUGUGCUCAUUGUCGAAUGAACUAUACAAAGCGUAUUACACAAAUAAAGCAGCUGUUAGCAUUACUUUUGUUUACUGUAUGUUUACCUCAUUGUUUAAGACGGAGAGCCUCUCUUUCACUUGUAAAAUUUAAAUUAAAAAAAACUAUUUUUUCCUUCAAUAAUGUCACGGAGUUUCGGCUUUACUUUGGUUCUAUUUACUGUGUUGUUUUGUAGCGGAUGGCAGACAUCUUGCAGUCAUGACGUCGGGUAAAUAGUACGUCACGUGACAAAAACAGGAAGCACUCUCCGCUGCUGUUGGAGGAGUGUUGAGUGCAGCAUCCGGGUACUGUAUUUUGCCGUAUUUGUCAGUGAACCGUGCGUUCAAUGCGCUCAAAAUGUUGGUUGAAGUGUGGAAACGAGCGAUUUGGAACGCCGCCCCUCUCUUUCGUUUGUAGGCAUUUAGCUAAAACGUCCACAAGGGGGCAGAAAAGUCCGCGUAAGAAAUGAAUGUUAUUUAUGUACACAAGUCAAACAUGCAAAUAUCCGACCGGAUGCGAAUACCCCGACCUGAUGUUUACCCCCCAGCACCACCACCACCACCAUCCCUCCUUGAAGUUCUUCCUCCUCCUCCUCCUCGCUGCGACCCCUGACGCAUUUAGUCUACGGCGACCGAUCUGCGCAAAACAGCUGGUGUUUGCGCCACUCAGCUGACAUUUUGCAACUUCUGCACUAAACUUCUGAUGGAACCGACGCGCCAGUGAAGCUCCCCCACGCGUCGUUGGUGUUUCCCACGCACGCAGACAUGAAGAAGAGUUGCGCAUCGGCUCCGUUUGUGCGCCAUUUGGGAAAUGUGCCACAGCUGGUGCUCUUGGUGCUGCUUGUGGCGCAGUUCGGGACGUUUGCGCUGCUCGCACCAGAGUGCUCCCCUGGAGGCCAUCGCACUCUGCGGAACCCUUACCGCAGUGUUGACUUCGACUCCACUGAGAUACAGAGUACGUCCAUCCAAGACCUGGUCUGCGACCACUCGCUGGCGCCGGCGUGGUACCGAUUCAAGAUCAACAACAAGCCGGCUGAGAUGCCGACCAGCUGCGUUGAGAUGAAUCGCUGUGGGACGCAGGCACCCGUGUGGCUCUCAGUGAAGGACACGCCCCUACCACGGCCCGGUGAGAUUCGCCAGGUUUCUGCCUGUGCCACCUGGCAAUUCUUCCAUGGCAGCACCAAAGACUGUUGCCUAUUCCGCAUCCCCGUCAUGGUGCACAACUGUGGCGACUUCAUGCUCUACUACCUGCAGCCCACGCAGGGUUGCAUGGGAUACUGCGCCAAAGUUGCUCCAACGUUGGUACCUCGGAUCUGCCCGCCAGGUGAGGUGGAGGCAAACGGCCGCUGCAAAGCCGCUCUACCGUCCUUGCUGUCGCGGCCGGUCAUCGCUCCAGAGCUAAUCGGCCACAGCGUCCACUUGAGGUGCUCCUUCAUCCCGCCACCAUGGAGUCACCCGCUAGGCUUCCACGUGGUUUGGGCUCGUCACAUCAGCCACAGCAUGAAGGUCCAGAUCCGUCAAGAGUCCACGGUGAAGCCGUUCUCCUUGGUGGAGAUGGAUGGCGUUCACUUCAGGCUGGGAGAGACGUUCUCGUGCAGUGUCUCAACGGUCCAAGCCAACGUCACCGGCAGUCGAUCUUCUCCCAGGGAGAGUGAAGCCUUCUACGCUGGGCUGAAGUUCUCAGUUGCGUCGCUACAUAUAGCGGAGAAUGGCGAGGAACACGAGGUCAGCAUCAUCAGCACGGUUCCUCUCUCCUGCUACAACAUCAACAAGUGUGGCGUCACUCUGGUGCUGAGUGUGCAGGAACCAGACCGGCUCGGAGACGAGGUCUCCAAUGUGGCGCUCUCCGCCUGCCAGGUGGAGCUCCGGCCAACUACCUGCCACAAGGGAAUCUGCGCCCGGGUCCCCUUCUUUGUCACCGCUGUCACCGACUUCACACGGGAUGGGAAUCGGAUCAGCUUGAUCGGCGCCGCUGUCGCAGCAGGUGUACCUCGGCUUUGGAGAGGUUACAUGGCGACUUCGCUGAAAGUCACGGUCCAGGACGUCCCCACUUCCAUGUGCUACUCACUGACGGAUCCACAUGUCAUCACGCUCGACGGCAGGCGCUACGACAACCACGAGACUGGUACCUUCAUUCUGUACCGUAGCCUCUCCAGGGACUUUGAGGUCCACUCACGGCAGUGGGACUGCGGCGGUCGUCAGUACGCUGUGGCUUGCGGCUGCGGUGUUGCGGCUCGAGAGGGUAACGACGUAGCCAUCUUUGACAUGUGCAAUGGUCGAACGCAGGAACCGAGACCUCAGAUCACGGUGAAAGUCCUCGGUGACGAGAAUGGUAAUGGACCCCAGGUCCGUGUUCUGGAAUCUCACCAGGGAAAGAAAGUCACUAUGAUUUUUCCUUCUGGGGCUUUUGUCCGAGCUGACAUUGGCGAGUGGGGGAUGAGCCUGUCCGUCCGGGCGCCGAGUCUUGACUUCGGGAACACACAAGGCCUCUGCGGAACCUUUGAUCGCAAUAGCAACAAUGACAUCCACGGUUCCAAAGGCAGCCAUGAUGACUUGCAUGGCUUCAUAGAGAACUGGAGGAUAGCUCCUGGUGACAGUUUAUUCGACAAAACCCCUCCUGGCUCCAGAAAAGAGGACAAGAGAUCUUUCUGCCGGUGCCGGAAAAAGAGUUCUUCCCAAGAGGGACUUGGUUUAUCUUCUCACUCUGAUUGCACCGCUAAGGACAAUGUGGAUUACAUAUCUGUGUUCCCGUCUGUGGACACCACACUGGAGUACAUCAAGCAUCCCAAAAGGGAGGCAAGAAUCCUGAACCUGUCCUCCAGUCACUCCUUGGACGGGAUGCGCCCCCAGUUUAACGGCCAUAAUGACGACCAACAAGCAUUCAGAGAUGAUCUUCUAAUUUCGUCUGAAAGACUGAGGAGACAGAAGAUGUUUGACUUCCAGUCGGUCUUGGACUCUCAAAUUCUGACCCAGUCAGACCUGGAGAACCUUGCCUACUUUUUCCCAGAGGAUCACCUCAUAAAACUGCGACCAGAGGUUCGACCUCAUUGGCCCACACCGAGCGGUCUGACCUCCGGCAAAGCUCUGGAGGUGUGCCACACGGCUUUGUCCAACUCCACAGUUGGAACAGUGUGCCGAGGGCUCCUGGGACGACGUCUCGACGAAGUUGUGGACCUCUGCAUUCUGGACCUUCAGCUGAAAGAUGAUUUGAGCUGGAAUGAGGCUCUGCUUCCUUACCUCGAGAACGAGUGCGAGAGGAGACUACUCGAUAACCGAGCCCAGAAGGACAUGGAGCCACUCGGUCACCGGGGACUUCCUGGGGAGGUCAUGGCUGCCUUACGGUGCCCUAAUUUAUGCAAUGGCAACGGCGAGUGCACAGAGUUUGGCUGUCGAUGUCACCGAAGCUUCAGCUCGUACGACUGCAGCAUCGCCGUCGCACAGCCGGUUGAGCUAAGUGACCUGGAAAACGGCGGCUUGUGUGAUAUCAGAAUAUCCGACUGCAGAAAUAUUCGGGUCUUUGGACUGGGCUUCAUGGACUCGCCCAACCUGAGCUGCCAAGCCACCAGACUGAAGUAUGUAAACAAUGUUUGGAUUCCGGGUGAAAAACAGAGAACCGCAGCAGCAUUUGUGAGCUCUAAGGCUUUGGACUGCAGCGUUCCCUCACUGAGCAGUGAAGCCGUCAACACAGAAGACAUCUUGAUGGUCGACAAAGCAUACGCACGUUGGGAGAUCAAGGUGACCAACGACGGAUCCCAGUACAGCCAAACCAAAGUGCUGACCAUCUACGAUGGCACCUGUCAGGUGUGCCCGGCGUCUGGCUCAGGACUGUGUAAGUUAAAGGACCGGAUAUGUAACAUUGACGGGAUGUGCUUUGCGGAAGGUGACAUAAAUCCAGGAAGUCCGUGCCUGCUCUGUGAUCCAGACGCCUCCAAAUUCACGUGGUCCCUCAGCCAAGUCAACCGGCCACCAAAAUUCCAUCGACCUCAAAGCGACCUUCAGACAUUUGCCGGAGAGAACUUUGUCUUCCAGUUUGCGGCGUCAGACACUGAAGGCUCGGCCGUGUUAUUUCAACUGGAGUCCGGCGCAAAGAACGCCACGCUCUCGGCGGCCGGGCUUCUCAUCUGGGAAGUCCCAUCAGCUCCGGAAGAGGAGGAGCAUCAGUCGAGUUUCUCCUUAACGCUGUCGGACGAGUGUGAUGCUCGUAGUACUUUUACGGUUCAGAUCCACGUGUCGCCGUGUGGAUGUCAAAAUGGCGGCUCAUGCGUGACCGAUGUCAGCUUCCCUGCCGGCAGUGGGAAGUACCUGUGUGUGUGUCCCGAUGGGAAGCAUGGCCACCUGUGUAAUGAUAGCGUGGACCCAUGUUUUCCGGCGCCGUGUCCUGACAGAACAUGCAUCAACACAGCAGGUGGAUUCCGAUGCCCGUGUCCCGCAGGGUUGACAGGCGCAGUAUGUCAGGAGGAUGUUGACGAGUGUGAGCGGAAGCCAUGUUUCGCAGGGGUUCAAUGCCUUAAUAAUCACGGUUCCUACGCCUGCGGUCCCUGCCCCAAAGGCAUGCAGGGAAAUGGUACCGUGUGCUCAGUGGAUGAGGAUGAGGAGCCUGCUACCAUCGCUCCCACAUCGGGUCCAAGAACACCCAUCAACGGGAUUCCAGUGAUUCUUUUGCAGAACCCAACAACUCUAAACCCAAAAAUCCAGGCUGCCAAGAGCAUGGCAGGGAUUCCACCAGACCCUGUGAAGGCUGCCAAGAGCAUGGCAGGAAUUCCAGCAGACCCUGUGAAGGUUAGCACUCUUGAGAAGAACAUCGGUGUGAUGCAACACAAAGGGAAACCUGUUGCAGCCACGUGUGCCAGCCGGCCUUGCUUUCCUGGCGUUCAGUGCAUCAACCGACGCUUCCCCCAUAUUGGCUACGUUUGUGGUCGGUGCCCGCCGGGGCUCCACGGCAACGGGCGCAUCUGCGUAAAGAACGCCAAGGCAGCGUCCAAUCACCUUCCACUUCAACACCCGGCAGGCCAAAGGAGCCGAUCCCUGCACAGCAGCAGCAAGGUGUCCAGCCUCCAUUUACCCGCCUUGCCUUCCAAACGAGACGCCACGCUGCAUCAGAAUUUGGCUUUAGAAAGAGGAAGUGGUACCGGUAGGAGGGAGGCGGUCUCUGGUGAUCUUGGUAGAACAACAGUCAGUGUACUUCCUGUCGCGGCCACCCACAGAGCCCAUACCAGGGGGCCGUCUGAACAAGACACACCCUUCGAAGUAACUCCGCCCACUCCUCACCUCAUCACUCAGUCGAGACAGACCACCCACUUCCUGCUUAAUUAUGUAGCAUCCUCCCGGACCAAACACCGGACCGACGUAAGACCUGUACGCCCUCUUAAGGCGGCGCUCAGUUCUUUGCCUUAUUCGCUCCCGGAGUCCACAAACAAGACCACCUUAGACCAGACUAUCCUUCUCAAGAACGUGUCGCCGAUCCAAGUACGUGUGACUAAUCAUGUGACGUGUGACGACCGCCCCUGUUUUCCGGGUGUCCAAUGCAAUGCGACAUCGGAGAGCGGUUUUCGCUGCGGCGCCUGCCCAGUCGGUUUCACAGGAGACGGACACACGUGUCGAGCCGUUUGCAGGCACGCGUGCGGACGGAACAUGGAGUGCACGGCGCCCAACGAGUGCCGCUGCAAGGCGGGUUACGCCGGUCCCGGCUGUCAAACAGCAAUUUGUGACCCACAGUGUGUCAAUGGAGGAUCCUGCAUGGCCCCGGGGGUGUGCCAGUGCCCCGGCGGGUUCCACGGAGAGCGCUGUCAGGAUGCUCUGUGCAGGGCGCCGUGUGAAAAUGGAGGCACGUGCGUGGGGCCGCAGAUGUGCUCCUGCCCUUACGGUUUUGUAGGACCACGGUGCGAGACCAUGGUGUGCAGCCACCACUGCCACAACGGUGGCAGGUGCGUCUCACCAGACGAGUGCCGGUGCCAGCCCGGUUGGAGUGGACCGUCCUGUGAGGCCGCUCUGUGCUCUCCGGUGUGUCUGAAUGGCGGCUGGUGCGUGCGGCCCGACACCUGUAAGUGCCCUCGUGGUUUCUUCGGGGCGCAGUGUCAGAACGCCAUCUGCAUGCCUCCCUGCAAGAACGGCGGCCUGUGCACGAGGAACAACGUCUGCACGUGCCUGCAAGGAUACGCUGGGGGGCGCUGUGAGCGAAGCGUGUGUGAGCCCACCUGCAUGAACGGCGGCCGCUGUGUGGGUCCGCACAUUUGCGACUGUCCGUCAGGUUGGCGAGGAAAAACAUGCGAAGAACCCAGCUGCGUGCACGCGUGUCUGAAUGGCGGCCAAUGCGUGGGACCCAACACCUGCCACUGUGCCCCAGGAUGGUACGGACUAUUGUGCCAUAUCCCUCACUGUCAACAAAAGUGUUUGCACGGCAGCCGCUGUGUGCGACCCAACGUGUGUGCGUGUCGGAGUCGAGUCGGCGCCGUGUCAGGAAGCACUCUCUGCUCCAAGAGGCUGUCCAAUUGAACGAACCACCAGUGGAGUCAAACACUGUGGUGGUCCGGGGUCAUCCUCCAAGCUGCCCCACCCCGUCCUCUUCAGCAACACGCUAAAGAACGAGACGUCUGGUUCCAGGGGAGCGUGCAGGAUGCACACGGUGAAGCUCGUUAAUGAGGCAGCUCGUCACUCUUUCCUUUAUCUUAUAGUGUAUUAUAUGAGUGCCACCUGUAUGCUUUUAUGUUUUAUAUUUAUUUCUGACUUUGUUGUUCAUGUCACAGUUGUAUACAUCCUAAUUAUUAAUUGUGAAUCCAUUAUGUCUGUUUUCAGUUCCUCGUGUGCUAUCAUGUGUGACACAAAGUCUCCUAAUAGCAAAAGAAAACACCCAAGAUGCAUUAGUGGACAUCAAACACAGCAGAGUAGCUUUUUAGCUUCAUUCAUAAAAGUGACAUGUGAUUUGAAGGCCCCACUGUGAGCGUCCAGGUUGGGAAGGCAGGAGUUAAGCAUUUGACUUGGCUGCCAAAGUUCAAGGCGAGCCGCUCAGGCCCGCGGGGGCGGCGAGGAAAUGAGGAUUAAGAGAUUAACGAGGCCACGUUAGCUCUGCACCACUUCCACCCUGACGUGCAAUAGCCCGACUUUGCUGCAGCGUGUGGCUCGGGGUCUUGGGAGGCGUGCAUGGCCCCGGCUUGAAGGGCGGAAAAAGCCUAAUUAGUAUCAACUUCACUCUUUGCUUUUUUUCCUCAUUUUUGCUGUUUUUUUUUUUUUUUACAUUUUCCAAAUAUUUAAUAUUUCUGUAAUAAUAUUUUUUUUAUUAAUAAUUCA